UCAUCGUACCUUAUCAUCAAUUUCGCAUUCACCGCUGAUAUUGAUUCAUAUUUUUAUCCCUCUUGCUCCCCUCUACUCUUCUUAUAUUAACCAUAGGAUCCUUAAUAUCCCUCUUUACCUAAACCACCUCACCUCACAACAACAAACCUCUUUUCACAUACCAUGUUGUCCCGAAAUCUACUACGCGCGUCGGCGCGAGCUGUCGGUUCCGCUAGCAGAGCUGCUGCUCCUCGAGCUACCAUUCCCGCCGGUGCUGCGUUCAUCCACAACAACAAUAACCCUCUAAACAACGCCGACAACAAGGACAAGAAGCACUCGCCGCCCCCUCCCGGUGCUUUCGCCCGUACAGAUGAUAGCAUUACCGUCGAGUACCCCGACGAAGAUGCUCUACCCUCCUCUGCUCCCGUCCAAGGCCGCGGUGGCUUCCACAUGAAGCGAACUCUCGCUUCUUUCUCGCUCGAAGGCAAGGUCGGUGUUGUUACCGGUGGUGCUCGAGGUCUCGGUCUCGUUAUGGGUCAAGGCAUGGUUAUUAGCGGUGCCAACUUGGCAAUUGUUGACAUGAACAAGGAAGAGGCUGAGCGCCAAGCCAUCGAGUUAGUCGAGGUGUUCCGCAAGGAGAACCCCGGCGCAACCAGAGUGCCCAAGGUCACCGCCCAUUACGCUGACGUGUCGGACGCCGACUCCGUUCAAAGCUGCAUCGACGAGAUCAUCCAGCAGCACGGAAAGAUCGACAAUCUCGUUACCAGCGCCGGUUUCACCGAAAACUACAAUGCCGUCGAUUACCCCAUCGACCGUAUGCGAAAGCUGUGGAGCGUCAAUGUCGACGGUACAUACCUUUUUGCUAUCACCGUUGCCAAGCACUUGAUGGAGCGGAAGGCUAUCGGUAGCAUGGUCUUCAUCGGAAGUAUGAGUGGUGCUAUCGUCAACGUACCCCAACCCCAAGCACCGUACAACACCGCCAAGGCUGCGGUCAGGCAUAUGGCUGCAUCGCUUGCCGUCGAAUGGGCGCACGCCGGUAUCCGUGUCAACUGCAUUUCUCCCGGUUACAUGCUAACAGCUCUUACCGAGAAGAUCCUCGAUGAGAAGCCAGACCUGAAGCGACAAUGGACUUCCCUCAUUCCUCAGGGUAAGAUGGGUCAACCCGACGACCUAAUGGGUCCCGUCACCUUCCUGCUGUCGGAUGCCAGCCAAUACGUCACCGGUGCCGAUCUCCGUGUCGACGGUGGUUACACUCUCACUUAAGAGGUGGAAACUGAUACCCAGGUAAUCGGUUUUCCCGUGACUUCACGGGGGAACACAUUGUAAUUGGGGGAGGACGGAAAAAAGAAAUUAGACUAUCGAAUUUUCUGGGAGUUGGCUGGAAUUUCUUUCUCUUCCCAUUUUUUUUCUUC